GAGAGAGAGAGAGAGAGAGCAGCCUCUCCCCUCUCUGCUCCCUGAGUGGAGCUCGUCGCCUUGGUAACGGUGCAGGGAAAAGACACAAUAUAACAAGCAAAGAGCGCUUUUUCUCAGAGUUCCCUCUCCUCGAACAACGGUGAUUUACACGGAAACGAAAGGAGCUAUUCACAAAAUUCUUUCACAUUGAGUGCUACAAGGCUCCCAUGAACACAUUUAAUGUAAAUUUUUUUUUUUUUUUGUCCCUAGUGUAAAAAAUGUGGACACUAGAGCGAGUUAAAAACAAGUGACACUUCUGAUUUUGCAGUAAAAGCGCUGCCACGUUUAUGUGAGUCUAUGGGAGAGCGUGCCUGUCCUCUCCUUACUUUCAGGCUUCUCAUUCAAAGACUGUAAGUCCUAUCGCUCAGGUAGACAUUGUGUGAAUCAAGACAAGUGUGACUACAACUUUUGAGAAAAUUGUGUGUGUAGAGUGAAAAUUGUGGCUGAGAAAACAGUUUAAAUGAGAAAGUUAGAGCUGCUUUUUUUUUUUUUUUUUCCAAGCUGCCUACACUCUAAACUCCUGAGCCCCACUGGUGUGUAACGCCAUAGACACCCAUUAUAAAGUCUGAAUUUCUCCAGGUGUGAUCAUGCUGUUUGAUCUGUGACUGAUCAGAAAGUAUAGAACCUAGGAAAAAAGUUGAAUGCCAGAUCCACACAGGAGAAUUUUGUCUCCGUUUUAAAGUUUGAAUCAUGUCUCUAGGUGAAAGACAAAAUAAGCGUCAUCUCUGCUUCUGUUCCCUCCGACGGCCCCGACACACUACUGCCUCCGCCGAGUGCGCGCGCGCGCACACCGCAUGUCGGGGCCGCGGAUGAGUUACUCGCCCUUGAUCAACGAAGUCGGCGGGGAAUUUGUGGUUAUUAUCGGUACAAACAGCGCGAAUCACAACUUAAAUGAGUGCGGUUCAGUUUGACAUUAUUGGCAGUCCGUUAGAUAAACAUUUAAUUUUAUUAAAAUCGAAAAUUAAUAUUUAGAGUCUGUGGGCUACAAUAAUAGUCAUUAAAGUAGCCGGCUGGACUUAGUUGUGUAGUCGGCUGUAUGGCCGGCAGCUGGCGCUUUAAUAUUCAUGAGGAUACCUGUACGUGAUUGGAGUAAUAAAGGGAAGACUCUUUAAUAUUUAUAAAGAAACUCGUUCGUGAUUCGUGCUCUUGUGACCAUGUGGAGGUCACUUCGCAUGGCGAACCAAUCAGACGAGCCUUUCCCAACCACUCUUCAAAAAACUUUAGCGAGGUGCCGGCUUGUGUUGUAUCAGAGAAUGGUGUAUCUGAUUUGACAUUAUGGCUACUGCUAGCGACCAACCGGAGCUAGAAGAUCCUCCCCUGUCGUUAAAAUCUCCCGUUUGGGAACACUUCGGUUUCCCAGUGAAAUACUGCAACGGAGAAAGACGAGGACAAAACGAAGGCACGUAUGUCGACACUGUUUUACUGGGGUUGGCUAUUUUUCGGGCAACACGUCAAACAUGCUACCUCACCUGAAACGGCACCACCCAAGUGUUAAGAUUACCGCGACAAGGAAAAAAAACACCGUAGUGCAAAUGCAGCUGACUUCUGCAUUCAAGCACCCUCUCCCUGGCAAUUCAGAUCGGGCUAAAGCCAUAACAGCAUCCAUUGGCGUCUUUAUAGCAUCGGAUCUAAGACCGUAUUCAGUUGUUGAGAAUGCUGGAUUUAAACACAUGCUAAAGGUGACUGAACCACGCUAUCAAGUCCCCAGUUGUCCACAUUUCAGCCAGAAAGUCAUUCCAGACCUUUAUGAACAAACCAAAGCUACUGUCGUCGAAGACUUAUCAAAAGCAUGUGCGAUAGCACUCCCAACUGAUGGAUAGACAUCCAGAGCUAACGAGAGCUAUAUAACAGUGACUGCCCAUCACAUCACCCCUGAGUGGAAGAUCGCUAGCCACGUCCUGCAAACAAGGGCUAUGUACGAACAACACACCAGCGCAAACCUAGCAGAGGGACUGAAAGAGAUCGCGUUGGAGUGGAAAUUGUAGAGGCCAGGAACAACAAUUGCCGUAACAACAGACAACGCCCGGAAUAUAGUAAAUGCGGUGAUUGAAGCUGGAAUGGGCCCCCAAAUUGGGUGUUUCGCGCACACCAUUAAUCUCGCCUCUCAGAAAGCAACAGGUCUCAACCAAAUAGCCAGACUGCUAGGUAAAUGAAUGAAAUGAAAACAUUCUUGGCAAAUGCUUUCGCUUUCGUCCGUCUUUCGCCGGUCCAAGAAUUUCACCUCUAGCGGCGCAAUACGAAUGCCCCCGGCCGUCCCUCUUAAUCAUGGCCCAGGUUCCGAAAAACCCACAAAAUAGAACCGGAGCGUUGUGUCUUUCUUUCACCGUAGCCCAACAGCUGCACACAUACUAGAGCGCAAACAAGAGAUGCUUAGUCUGGCGAAACACUGUCUUAUUCAGUACGUGACCACCCGAUGGAAUUCAGGUUAUGACAUGCUUGAAAGAUACCUGGAGCAACAGGCAGCAGUCUACGCAGCACUGACAGAACAGGCUCUGAAGAGAAAGGAAAUCAGCACCUUGUCUGACCAAGAGGUGAAAAUGGCUGAGGAAGUAAUUGUCGUCCUGAAGCCAUUAAAGACUCUCACAACACUCAUAAGCACUGAAGCUACACCUUCAGCAUCCUUGAUCCUGCCCCUCAAAGCCACAGUUCUCCACUCUAUGGAGCCAAAUGAUGGGGACAGCGCCACAGUGACCCAAGUCAAGGCUGCCAUCAGGGAAAACCUGGAGGACAGGUACUCCUCUUGUCAAGACUUCCUCCACAAAUGCACAGCACUUGACCUGAGGUUUAAACCUCUUCCUCAUGUGGAUGAUGCCUGCCGUGACAGGAUCUACAAUAGCCUCAUCACCGAGAUUGUGGCCAUGGAAGAAGAGCAUGAAGAGCCCAAAGGGACAGCAGCAGCCGCUUCAUCCACACACACACAGGACACCCAGAGGCAUCUGAGUUACCUCCUCCAGUCAAGAGGUCAGCGAUGGCCGAACUGUUUGGUGAGCUCUUCCAGACUCAGGUAAGAGACAAGGAUACUUUGCAGCUGGUCAAAGAAGAGGUUGCUGCAUACAAGGCAGUGAGCAGUAUCUCAGUAGACUCAGACCCACUUCUAUGGUGGAAGACCAAUGAGCCCAUAUAUCCCCUCACUGCCAAGCUGGCAAAGCGCUACCUUGCCAUUCCUGCUACCUCGGUCCCUAGCGAGAGGGUAUUUUCAACCGCUGGGGACAUUGUAACUGCCAGCAGAUCUGCCCUCACAUCUGCCCUCACAGCGGACAAUGUGGACAAACUUAUUUUCCUCGCAAAAAAUAUGAAGAUGGAGUAAAAUUGCUUACUGGAAUACUG